AUGUCUGUCAGCAUACGCAAGCCUUCCCCUCCGAGUGUAGCUUCGACGCAACCAAGAGCGUCUGCUGCCGAGCCCGCGCCAAAGGAUAGCCCUGCCGAGUCGCGCUCGUCCGCUCGAGCUUCUCCGCACGGGAGGAUAAACACACCUACGCUGUCGCAACUCCAGGGCAUUCUUGCCAUGGUAUCGAACUCUCCAGAAAAGUCGGGAUCAUCACAGCAGCAGCCAAAGCCUGUCAAAACUGAAACAGUCGAGCAAGCUCGAGUUCCAGGAGAGGGUGGCCGGAUUGGAGAGGCUAUGUCAGCGGACCAUGCCCGAAUAGCUGAACAAGAUCAAGUAGUUCGACAAGCAGAACAGGCCCAACUGGCAGAACAAGCUCGCAAAGAUCAACAUGCAUGCCAGGCUGAGGAAGCACGGCAAGCUGAAGAGCAGGUUCUAUGCCUCGAGCAAUUGCAGGACGACGAAUCUGCUGCUUCCGCCUCGGAGGAGCCGGCCCCUCUCAAGCUUACCCCCAAGCAGGUAUCGGAGUCGCUGACCAGUGGGUCAAAGAAGUUGGGCGCUGCGGUCACUACAAAAAGCGAAAGCGUGGGAGAAGACGAACUCCGCGAAGAGAAACCAGCUGUGGCGAACGCGCCAACAAAAAGGGGCGAGGCCGAUGAUGUUGGCGACACUGGCGAGGACGACGAAGACGACCGACCUCUGGCUGAAGCGCUGUAUGCUUUUCGUGAUAUCGCUCAAUCCAGUCUACAUUCUCGAGCUCAACACCUCGACAAUGCCGACUCCGACCCGGAGGAAGACGUCCCCCUUCAAGACCUGCUACAACGUCGCUCAUCCGAGGCGCCUUCUGGCGCAAACUCGGUUGACAAUGCCUCAAAGUGGCCGUCCACUCCCUUCGAACCAAAGAUCACGAGACUUUACUCUGCAGCUCCAGGGAUAUCGAUCCGACACUUUGUGCCCAUUGCGAGCUCAGCGCUGGAGGCGCAGCGCACCAUUGUGCGGAACCCAGCAGCUGUCUUUGACGCCGGCGUCGCUGUGAGCGAGUUUGGUAAAAUUGCCACUUUCUCCGAGAAGCCGAUCAAGCGGUCGCUGGAGUGCGAGGAACUCUUUCCGGGCAAGAUGAUGGAGUUUCGAUCCGACGUGGAAGGCAAAGCUAAGAGCAUAAAAGGUUCUGGGGGCAUUGACCGCGUGGAGGAUGUCAGACGUCUUACGUCGAAAGUGUGCGGGAUUGCGUCUUCGACCAAGAAGCCGCUGGGGUUGGGCAAUCACGCCGACUACCCUUGCCAGGUGAGUCUGGUCACGGUCAACGAAAUCGGUCGAGCGCAUCGGACGUAUCAUCUGGACGAGCAGCCGCAUGCGUGGGGGGUUGCGAGCAUCUCGCACUUCCCGCGCACUGAUCCGCUGGACGCCUCUUCGAUCGAUUUCGCCACGGGCGGGAUUGAUGGCAUUGUCAACCACUGGCACUGGAGGGCGCGUUCGACGAAUGCGCAGACGUUUAGGCUGCACACGCUGCACGAUGCGAAUCCUGUCGUGGCGCUCGAGCACCUGUCUUCGCGCGCCAAUGUGCUUGCGUCCGCAUCGAUCGGCACGGUGGUGGGCUAUGACCUGGCAGCGCUGACACUGGGAUUCUCGUGGAAUACCAGCGACCACAUCGUACAUCUGCAGCGCACGCCCGAUACGAAGCUCAUGCUCGGCGUCAUGGCCAGGAGGGAUUACGAUCAGUUCCGCAUGUUUGACGUCACGGGCCGCAACGGGCCCAUCUCACGGCCGGUCAUCUCGUUCGGCUGGCUCAACGACUCGGAGGGCAAACUGCCAUUGGGCAGGGGCAGCUUCCAUCCGACGAGACGCGCGAUUUUUGCUCACGGCGCCGAGGACGGGCGCAUCAGGGUGUGGGACAUGCGCAAUGCGCGGGACCCGCUGAUCGACGUGAGGUUAGGCGACGAGCCGAUCGUCGAAGCGGUUUGGGGACGUGGCGGUAGCGAGGAGGGGGCGGGGGAUGCGGAGGAUCUGUUGUAUGUUGCCAGUCCGAAGGGGGUGAGGAGCGUUUCGCUGCUGGCUCCGUAG